UCCGUCUCAUGGCAGUGACACUGAAGCCUCUGACAUCAGGUUCCAUCUCGGCUAUCAUCUUAUGUUGUCAUUCUUGUUCACGACCUCCAAUUUUGUUGCCGAGGAAACUUCAAUUCCGAAGCUCUGCAAUAAAAAUGGAGACGACUGGGUACGAAGCACCCUCUUUUCCUCCCAAAAUCAUCGACUCACACUUGCAUGUUUGGGCAUCUCCCGAAGAGGCAGCACAUAAGUACCCGUAUUUUCCAGGCCAAGAACCAACGUUACCUGGAAACGUCGAUUUUUUGCUCCAGUGCAUGGAAGAAGCAGGAAUAGAUGGUGCCCUAAUUGUGCAGCCCAUUAAUCAUAAGUUCGACCAUUCUUUGGUGACGAGUGUUUUGAGGAAGUACCCAUCCAAAUUUGUUGGCUGUUGUCUUGCUAAUCCUUCAGAAGAUGGAAGUGGGAUUAACCAGUUAGAGAAUCUUGUCUUGAAGGAUGGUUAUAGAGCUGUUCGCUUCAACCCAUAUUUAUGGCCUUCUGGUCAACAGAUGACAAAUGAAAUUGGAAAGGCAAUGUUCUCUAAAGCAGGGGAACUUGGAGUUCCAGUGGGCUUUAUGUGUAUGAAGGGUCUUGAUCUUCAUAUUUCAGAAAUUGAGGAGCUCUGCUCAGACUUCCCUUCAACAGUUGUAUUACUUGAUCAUUUGGGUUUUUGCAAGCCACCCUUGAAUGAUGAUGAAAGUAAGAUUUUCUCUAGGCUUUUAAACCUUUCCAGAUAUCCACAGGUUCAUGUGAAAUUUAGUGCAUUGUUCCGAGUGACAAGAAAAUCAUUCCCAUAUGAAGAUACAUGCCACCUUCUUUCCCAAGUUGUCUCGAGCUUUGGUGCCAACCGUGUCAUGUGGGGCAGUGACUUCCCAUAUGUUGUUCCCGAAUGUGGGUACAAAGGAGCAAAAGAAGCAGUUACACUUAUUGCUCAUCAGGCGUCAUUAUCUGAGGCUGACUUGGAGUGGAUAAUGGGCAAAACUGUGAUGCAGCUCUUCCAUGGUUCAUGGGUCUCUUCUUAACAAAUUCAUCAAUAUCAAUUCUAUAAAGGAUAAACAUAGGGAAGACAAUGGGGCAGGUUCAGGAAGGGUUUAAUAAAUUCUAGACCCUACUCGCCUCCCUAGACCUCCCAAUCCGUACCCUUAACUCAUGAAAAUAUCGAUGCUGUACUAUAAUUGGAUCAUGAAUGUAGUAUGGAUGGAUUAAAUUUGUAUUUGACAAAUAGUAAAAGUAACUAUGUGUAGUUUAAAA